AUGAUUACAAAUUUUUCGGAAAGUAUUUAAUAAACUUAAAAUAGGCAAAGAAAUAGUUAGGUUUAGAAGUUACUGCUUUUAACGAAAAGUUAAAAAGAGAAAUGAAUUAAUUCAAUUUAAUUGGUUAAUCUAAGUUAUUAGUAAUUGUAAUUAAAGCAAGAAUAUGAAAUACAAAUUAAAAUUAAGCUAUUUACUUAUGAAAUAGUUAAAGAGAAUUCCAUUUAACAAAAUUAAGUUAGUUGGGCAUUUGCUUUUAAUAGAGAUUGCUCAAUUGUAGCAUCUAAUUGUGACAAAAUAAUAAAAAUAUUUGAAUUUAGAUAAGGAAUGUUGAAAUAAAUUCAAGUCUUAAAUAAACAUAAAAAUGAAGUGAGCAUUUUAAAUUUUAUGAAAAAUCCAAUUAGUUUAUAUCUGGAGAUUGGGAAGGAUUUAUGUUGAUUUGGAAUAUUAAUAAUAGUAAUUAAUUAAUUUGUUCAUAAAAAGUAUAAAAUACAAAGGUCGCAUAAAUUGCCUAAUUAAAAAUAAUAAUGAGGAUAAUCUCAUCUCAAGUUGUAAUGAUAAAACUAUUAAGUUUUGGACUAAGCAAAAUGAAUGGGUCUGUUAAUAAAUAAUCACAGAUCAUCAACAUUGGGUGUAUUAAUUAAGUUAGAAUGAUGAAUAAAAUAAAGUUAUUUCAUGUGGAUGGGAUCAAUUAAUAUUAAUAAUUGAAUAUUCAGAAUAAAAUAAAAAGUGGAUUGUAAUAUAAAAUAUUAAAGUUGAUUGUUAAGGAAUGCGAUUAUGCUUUAUUAACGAUAAUCUUUUCACAUUUUAACCUCAUAAAGGUAAUUCAUUGCUUAUCUAUGAGAUGAAAAGUGUUAAUAAAUAGUUUAUUAACACUAAACAUGUUACUCUGGAUCCAGAUGAUAAUGAUGGUGUUGUAUUCUUUCCAUAAUAAUAUAUAAAAUCAAAAUAUUAUUUGUAGGUAAACAUAAUAAUAUCAAUUUAAUAAGAAAGUCAGAAAAUGGAGAAUUUAAAUUUGAGUAUUCUAUUAAAUUUGGCAAUAUAAAUUUAUUCGGGUAAAUGA